GGAGGAGGAAGACGGGAAACAAGGGUAGAGAGGGAAACAGGAACAGAAAGUGAAGACUUGUCAAGAUGUCUGGGUGAGGGGGACCAGAACAGAGCAGGAGCCAGAUGCCAAAACAGAAACAACAGAAGUUUAAGCAGCUGACUGGAUAAGACAUGAGAGGAGACCUGACCUGCCACUUCACAAGUGCCUGCGGGACACACCCAAAUUGAACUAGCUGGAUUAAACUAAACUGAGAGCCAAAGAGCAAGAAGACAGGAGACAACUGGAGAGGACAAAGAGCAAGAAAACAAUAAGUGGAAUGUCAAGUAGCAUAAACAAACUUGGAUCAAGUGCAGAUUGAGAUCUUUGAGAUGUCUCACAACUGAGAGGUUUCAAAGAAAUCACACAAUCUCACAAACAAGUGAACUUUUGGUCUUUGGGAUUUGUUUAAAAUGUGCUCUGGCCUUCCUGAAAGGACACUUUAAGGGACACUUUAAAGAAGGAGGCAUCCACAAAUUUGUCCUCCAGUGUUUCUAUUUAAUGUAAACAACGAAAGCCAGAGGACGUAUACAAGCCUCAUCAGAUAGUGCUGUGUCUCAGGGCAACUAUCUGAACGCAGAUCUUCACAACUGUAAAAACAAGCACAUGAAAGUUCAGUGUCAAGUCACCAAAGAUAUCUGACUGGAAGCUGUUGGAUUGGUGGGUGUUUUGUCUGAGAGUAAAAACUUCACAUCUUGGAACUGGAGUCAAUUGCCGUAAAAUGACUUUUAAUUCAAAUUAACACCACAUCUUUAUUACUUUGGUGUCUCCGGCAGCUUGCUAUGCACGUUUACUGUCUAAUAAACCUCACAACUCUCUGAAGGAUUUAUUCAAACUUUACAAACUCAAUCAAAAAGAGGAGUCACAGUUCUGUAUCCUAAAACCAUGGAUGAGAAAACAGACAGCAUUCAGGAUUUUUUCAACCAAAUCUGGAGCUUUGCUACAGAAAAACACAACCAGGGGGUCUACAACACAGUCUGUCUGGUGGUCCUCCUAACUCUUCCCUUGCUGGUGCUCCUUACUACUUUGGUGGUGUGCUGCCACUGCUGCUGCUGUCGCCAUGCCAACGGCUGCUGUUGCUGCUGCUGCCGAGACACCAUGGCAACCGCAAGGUCGAAGAAGAAAAAGAACUCAUCCAAUACUGAAGACCUGUGGAUCUCUGUCAAGACGAGGCCGAUGACACCUGACAGGGUCGCCCUGGCCAUGGUGUAGGAAUGCAUUUUUAUUCUGAGAUUGCUGAUCCUGGGCCAGUUGGUGUAGUGGAGCUGAUCGAGAGUCUCACAAGGGCAAAACUCAAACCAUCUUAAACUCGAAGGAGGCUGAGGAUGUUGUCCAAACUAUUGGACAGGACUUCAUAUUAUCAUGGGCACUGAUUUGGUUUAAAUAUGUAAUGUAAAUUGUACAGAUUCUUGUCAGUUUGUAUUCAUAUAAUGUCGUAUGAGGAGAUUUGAUCACAUUGUUUACAGCCUUUGGUAUGAGCCUUUUGGUGUGUUGUACAUUAAAUAAGAAAUAUGCAGACAGGAGGAUAUAUAUACCUGCAAAUGUCUGUGUGUGUGAGUGGGUUAGAGAAUGCGUGUGUGUGUGUGUCUCAGUGUGUGUGUGUGUGUGUGUGUGUGUGUGUGUGUGUGUGUGUGUGUGUGUGUGUGUGUGUGUGUGUGAAACAGAGAGAAGUACAGUGUUAUUGAGAGCACUUUGUUCUUAGAGCUCCCAUGUGAAAUUCAUUGCAUCUGUAUUUGGGAGAGAGAGCCAGGUCUGCCCAGUCGUCAGGUGGCUGUAACACUGCCUGCUUUUCUAUAGUCAAGCUGCAAUGUAGAGAGGUGAUUCACUGUCACUUUCUAAAGGAAAAUGUCAAAAAGGUUAAACUCACGGGAUGCACAAAGAAAACUAUAACUGCUUUCAUUUUCAUUUCUUUCCUGUUCUUGAUUUAUUUUCUCGACAGAAUUUAGUCCACAGGAGAGGUACUUCUCCUACUUUUUGGUUCCAAUAUUCAGGUCAAGUCAGCCUUAAAGGCACAUUUCAUAAUCAAAGUGUAACGGAAACCACCAAACAUUCCCAAACUGGUUGACAGAUCUUUCAGUGCACUGAUUAAUACUAGAAAGCAGUCAUGUCCACAUCAAAGUCAGUAAUGUUUUCUGGGUCUGCAUUUACUGAAAUUUACUUAAGUAUAAGUGAAAUAUAAAAGUAAAAGUUCUUAACAUUUACUCCCACUAGGAAACGUAAGAAUAAGUUAUUUCACAAAUUUCUCACAGAAGAACAGAAGUCUCUGAAGCUGGUUAAAAGUAGAUCUGAGAUUGAUCAAAAAGGGGAGCACACAUCUUUUGAGACACGUCUUUGAGUGAUUUUAUAUAAAUUAUUAUAGGAGUCAUUCUCAACAUGUAACAUAUAUAAUCAUAGGACUGUUUUAGCCACCUACUUACAUUUGAUUUGGACAUUCAAGGAAGUUACCCCUCUUUUUCUUUGUGUCUUUUGCAUUUAUCAAAACAACACAACUUAAGCUGGCAUUAAAGGUUUGCAGUCACUGUCCAUACAUCUUUAGUAUGUGCACCUCAGUGGGCUGCUAAAUUCUCUGUAUCAUUUCUCAAAUGUAUACCAGAAGGAGAAUUUCUUUCUUUGGUUUUCUUUUGGUUUCCAUUAAGGCAAGGAAAAUGUGCUUUUUGAAAAUUUAAAAUUACACGUCUUUAUAGAAAAAUAUUGCAACAACUGAACAAUACAACAGAUUAUUUUAUUGUUGUAUUUGUUUAUCAUCUGCUCCAUUGAGUGUUCACUGUAAGUAGGAGCAAGAUGCUUGAUAAGGGUCCUAUUGUUCACCCCUAGCAAAGAGGUUUUUAAGUUGUUGCUUCAGAGCAUUUUUGUGUAAUUCUUAGAAGUUUGAUAAAUACAUGCCUAGGUUUGUUUGAAUUAAUAAUUUUUGUAAAAACAGUAGCAUUAUAAUGCCAUUGACCUGAGAAACAAACACAAUGAUAAUUUAUUUCAUCUGUAAGUCAGUGUGAAUAUACCUCAAAGUUAUCUGGUAAAAAAAAAAGAUAUUUAAAGAAUUCAAAGCAAACUUAACUUAUUUAACUAAACAUAAAAAAAAAAGUCGA